AAAGAAGCCAGAGGAGGCAUUUCGAGUCGGAGGGAAACGAUUUGUGCAGAUCAGAGAAAUCAUGACUAACCAACUUUGCAAGCUAUUUGUUGGCGGGCUGAACGUACAGACCACGAACGAUGGACUUCGGCAGCAUUUUGAGCAGUACGGCCAGCUUACCGACUGCGUGGUAGUUCAGAAUCAGCAGUUACAGCGGUCCCGUUGUUUCGGCUUUGUGACCUACUCGACUGCCGAGGAGGCCGAUGCAGCAAUGGCCGCCAGGCCACAUGUUGUGGACGGAAACAACGUGGAGUUGAAAAGAGCCGUGGCGCGGGAAGACGCCGGGAGACCUGAGGCCCUGGCCAAAGUAAAGAAGAUAUUCAUCGGAGGUCUUAAAGAUGAUGUAGAAGACGAACAUCUUCAUGAAUAUUUCUCCCAGUACGGCGUUAUAGAGAAGGCCGAAGUAAUCAGCGACAAACAGACCGGCAAGAAACGCGGAUUCGGCUUUGUCUACUUCGAAGAUAACGACUCUGCCGACAAAGCGGUGGUUCUUAAAUACCACACCAUCAAUGGACACAAAGUGGAGGUGAAGAAAGCCCUAACCAAGCAGGAGAUGCAGGCUGCUGGGGGACGAGGCGGCAGGGGGAGAGGCGGGCGAGGAAUGGGAAGGCCACAAAAUGGCUACGGCGGCGGAAGAGGUGGAUACAACAGCUAUGGAGGCGGCUACGGAGGCAAUGAUGGCGGAUAUGGCGGCGGCUACGGCGGAGGGUAUGGUAGCCAAGGCGGCUACGGAGGUGGUUAUGGAGACCAAAUGGGUGGCGGUUACGGCAACGGUAACGGCUACAAUGAUUUCGGCGAUGAUUACGGUCAGCAGUCUUCCGGCUAUGGAGCAAUGAAAGGGGGGAAUUACUCCGGCCGAAGCAGCGCACCAUACUCUCGUGGCGGUAGUGGUGGCUACGGCAGGGGUGGCUACGGCGGCUAUUAAGAUGGUGCACUCCUUUUUGGUCGAUUGAAAUGUCCACAUACACAAUUCGGGACUUUUUAUGGACCUUGUAGAAUACAGAACUGAUCAAUUGCAUAUUCGUGAGGGCGCUGGCGGGUGAUGCUCAUAUUGUGGACUGCUGCGGCAGUUGAAAGCAUUGUCGCUUUCGGCUUAAUGCAGCUAACUGUGUAUAUGGCCCAGCGCAUUCGCCGACCCCUCCCCCCCUCUUCGUCAUCACCAGUAUGAGGCUGCGUCUGUUCUUUAAUAUUGGACAUCAAUCUUAUCUCUCUGUAAUGCCAUGAAAAUGUAACGUUAGUUUGAUUCAGUCGAAGUAUUUUAGUUUUGUAUUUUUAACUGACAGCUGAGAAGUUUAGCAAACAUGUAAUUUAGUCAUCAUUACCAUGCUAACUAGUGUCCUCCGUUGCUACAUGAAACUCAGGGGUAUUGGUGAAGUGUGUUAAAGCAGUUCAGCAUAUGCUUGAGCAUUUUUCUGUAACGAUCGAUUGCGGAAGCUAAGUUAUUGUGGAGGAGAGUACUCCCAGCUGUUAAUUGAAUUUCCUUUUUAUAAUUUAAAUGUAACGUUUCAUUGCUGUUUUUUUUAAGACCCGUGCUGUUCAUACUGUGAAUCAAUGCAGUUUUGUGGAAUGUUUUAGUCCAUUUUAAUUGAAUCUUGUAAACCACAUUUUGCUUGUAAUAAACUUUUUAAUGUUUGACAGCA